AUGUUUGGCCUUGCCCUAACGUAUCACCAAGUCAUGCCGAAUUUUUUGGACUUCGUCUUCCCAUUCGGCUUUCAAGAGUAUGCCGAACACUUCUGUUUCAGCGGAUUUCGCGAAGAUAGCCGAUUGUUCUCCGAAGGCGGUCUGAAAAUACCGGAAUUGGGUCGUUCUGGCCAAGAAAUCAGGAUGUGCUACAGUUUAAAGUCUGUAGAGUCGUCUGAUAGAGACAGCUGGCCAUGGUCGGUUCGCCAAACGGCCAUUUAUCACUCAUUUGAUGUGGUCACAGGAAAAGCGACUUGGAUAGUGAUCAAGGGAAGUCACCUUAUCAGAGAGCGUGUUCAAGAAUCAACGAAAGUAAUCUCAGACGAUAAUGAGCUUAAAUCUUUUGAAACCACGGCUAGUUAUUUUAGCUCAACACUUGCAAUGCACCUCGUGCUUUGCGACUGGUGCGACGAAGACUGACGGUGGUAUCUGACUUUUCUUGAAAAAAGGCUUCAAGAUCUCACCCGCCACUCACUGGCGGUAAACAUACCAGAGGCAUCUAAAUAUGUGGAUCCUGGGCAUUUCAGACUACACAAACGGUCCAGCUCGGGUUUUCGUUCGACAAUAUCUAGAAAGAUUACCAGUCGGAAGUCAACAUUGGAUAGCCCUACAGAUGAAAGCUUUCGGAGCUCGUUCCCCAUGUCACCAAUUUCGUCCAUUAAUGAAGCUUUCCCUCAAAUGCCACCGAAAAAAAUUGAUCUUCCUCCCGGAUUCUCACUUCCACCGUCGCUGCCUCCUGGGAAGGGGGGCCCAAAAGAAGAUAAUACCACCAAUGAAAUACUAUCAGUCAAAACAUUGCAGCAAGUACAAUUUGUUGAGGAUAAAGCAAAUGAGGUACUUUUAGUACUGGAAGCAAAUAUUAAAAUUGUCAGCAGCAUAAGAAACCAUUAUCAAGCUAUCCUCAAUUCAGAAGACUGUCCCUGAGAAAUUCGACUGGGCUCCAAGACCGAAUUUUCAAACUUUGAGAAACGAAUCAGCAAUAUUAUCAGCGAUCUAGAAAUCCAACGAUCGACAGCAGAGCCAUUACUCCGUCUACUUGAAAAUCGAAAAUGCCUGGUAAGUCAAAAGGUCAUAUCAACUUCUUUAACGAUACUAACAAAGAAUAGCUAUCAGCUCUACUAAACCUGAAUACAAUCGAGGCUAGUAAAGAAGUUUUAGUCAAAUCUCAACAGCGUGAAAGUAAGAUGCAAUAGAUGACGGAGGCUAUGCAUCAACUGGCGGUGGACACCAAGCGAGAAACAGUUUCCAUGAGAAUCAUUACCCUUGUGUCUUUGUUUUUCCUCCCAGGAACUUUCAUAUCCGUGGGUUUCUUAUUACUUCAAGUACUCGAUUACCUUCACUUCAGUACUGA